CAGGGACGGCGGCUGCGACGUGAUGGGGCGGGCGAGGAGGAGCCCAGCAGCCGUUAACAGAGGGCGGGGUUACUUCCGAGGACAACGCCAGAAGCCACUCCGAACACAGGGAUGGAGAGACUGACAGCCGGCUGAGCCAAUCAGCGUGCAGCGGCAGCAUAGCGGGCCGGCAAGACAGGCCGCACCGUUGCUGCUCUUGGCUGCAGUUUUAGGAAUAUAUUGAAGAAACCAUGGACAAUCAACAGGAUUUCAUUAGCAUCUCAACUUGCAGUGGAAUUUCUGUUCCUGAAAAGAAAAUCAACUCCUUAGUAGCUGAAGAUCAUGGUCAGCAAAUUCUAAAUGUAUUGCAAAGUUUCAGAAAAAAUAAUAUCUUUUUUGAUUUUAAAAUACUUGUGAAAGAUGAAAUAAUCCCCUGUCAUCGUUGUGUACUAGCAGCAUGCAGUGACUUUUUCAGAGCCAUGUUUGAGGUUAACAUGAAAGAAAGAGAUGAUGGGAAUGUUACUAUUAGUAAUUUAUCACCCAAGGCAGUGAAGGCUUUUCUCGAUUAUGCCUAUACAGGAAAAACUGAGAUAACAAAUGAUAAUGUGGAAAUGUUCUUCCAGUUGUCAUCAUUUCUUCAAGUUUCACACCUCUCCAAAGCUUGCAGUGAAUUUCUAAUAGAAAGUGUUGAUCUUGGGAACUGUUUACAAUUGUUGUCUAUAUCAGAAAGUUAUGGUUCUGUUCAUUUGUUUGAUCAUGCACUAGAAUUUGCACAGCACUGCUUUUCCUUGCUACUCAAAUCUAGUGAUUUCUUGGAGAUGAAUUUUGAGAUAUUACAGAAAUGUAUUGAAGCAGAUGAGCUAUAUGUCCCGGAGGAAGAAUCUGUGUUGAAAGCUGUCCUGCUGUGGACCAAACAUAAUUUAGAAACAAGACAGAAGCAUCUCCAUCACUUGAUUAAAAAAGUGAGAUUACAUCAGUUAUCUGAAAAGACACUGAAGGACUUGUUGCAUUCUGAAGAAUAUUUGCUUCAGAGCACUGACUGCUUAGGAAUAAUCAAUGAUGCAAUUAAAAGUGUACAAAACUCCAGUGGACUAUUUCCAGAUGCUCGUCCUUCAACAACAGAAAAAUAUAUAUUUGUUCACAAGACUGAAGAAAAUGGGGAAAACAGACACACAUUUUGCUAUAAUAGCAAAACUGAUAAAUGGAGAGAACUGCCCCCCACACACAUCAUUGAUCUGCCAGGGUCAAGUUUAUCUAGUUAUGGAGAAAAAAUAUUUAUAACUGGUGGGUGCAAAGGGAACUGCUGUAGGACUGUUAGACUUCAUAUUGUUGAACCCUUUCAUGAUGCCACUGAUCAGACUUGGUGCUACUGCCCAGUCAGCAAUGAUUUCUCCAUAGUGUCAACUAUGAAAAAACCAAGGACUAUGCACACAUCUGUCGUGACUCUAAAUCAGUUAUUUAUAAUAGGUGGAAAGACUAAAGGAGCUCAGGACAUCAGAAGUCUUUUGGAUGUAGAAUCUUACAAUCCUCUCUCCAAAGAAUGGAAAUCUGUAAGCCCGUUACCAAGAGGCAUAUACUAUCCAGAAGCAAGUGCAUGUCAAAAUAUAAUUUAUGUCCUUGGUGCUGAAGUAGAGAUUACUGAUGCCUUUAAUCCAUCUCUGGAUUGUUUCUUUAAGUACAAUGCUAUGACUGAUCAAUGGUCUGAGCUUGUAGCAGAGUUUGGGCAGUUUUUUCAUGCAACUUUAAUCAAAGCUGUUCCAGUGAACUGCACAUUGUAUAUAUGUGACCUUUCCACCUACAAGGUUUAUAGUUUUUGUCCAGAAACUUGUGUUUGGAAAGGGGAAGGAUCUUUUGAAUGUGCUGGCUUUAAUGCAGGAGCAGUUGGAAUAGAAGAUAAAAUUUACAUACUAGGUGGUGACUAUGCUCCAGAUGAAAUUACAGAUGAAGUACAAGUCUACCAUAGCAACAGGUCUGAAUGGGAAGAAGUCACACCAAUGCCAAGAGCCUUAACUGAGUUUCAUUGUCAGAUGAUUCAGUUUAAUAAAUACAGAGACCCAUGGUCAUCUGUAAGGCAGUGUACUCUGGAGCAUUUUGAAACAUUAUGAGUUAUAACAGUCUACUUAAAUGCACAAGUAUUUAAAACAUAUUAUUUUUAGCUGUUGCUAUAGUUUUUUGCAAAAAGUGUAUAUUAUAUUAUAAACAUGUUCUAUUGAUAACUUAUGUUGUAGAAUUGUUUGUUUUUAUGGUAAUCAUGUAUAUCAACUUUUACAUAGGGUUUAUAUGCAACUUCUUUUCAGAUGUCAUUUGAAUAAUUUGCAGAGCAACAUCACUUUUCAAGAAGUAAAGUAAUAGGGGUUUAAUUUUGUAAUAUCUAUGCACUGUUACUUGUAUCUUCAUGAAUGCCCCAGUGGAUAAAUCACUGAGCAAGAAAAUUGUGUUGAUAUUUUUCCUUCAUAACUAAUGGAGUAGAAAUAUGAUUAAUUUUUGUUUAACCCUAGCAGAGGAGCUGUAAACAUCAUUGUGUCAGUUUACCCUUGCUGCAUUGACAACAGCAAGAGCAAAUGCCAAAGAGGCCUUCACAUUCACAAAGCAUUGACUCUGGAUAUUUAGUGUGAAGGGAAUAAUGAUUUUUACAGUUUUAUUUCAUUGUGGCCUGUUUUCCCUACUCCUGUACUUGCUGUCUUCAUCCUGAAGCUGUUGUCAGACAACCUCUGAGACUGACACCAUUCAGUAAGCAAUUGCUGUAUGGUGUGUGAUUCACACAGCAACCUCCUGCACCUUUGCAGAUUGUCAUCUCGGUAGUGUUGCCAAACAUAAGUAGGCCAAAAGAGCAAGAUUCUUGAGGUUGCUCUCAAACCUUGGUCUUCCAUCUGUCAAGUGUAUAGUGCUACAUACUAUGGCCAUGUCUAUACUACUGGCUAAAUCAGCAUUGCUGCGAUCAAUGCAGCGGUAUUGAUUUAGUGAGUCUGGUGAAGACACGCUAAGUCCAUGGGAGAGUGCUGUCCUAUUGACAUCUGUACUCCACCUCCCCGAAAGGUGGAAGCUAUGUCAACGGGAAAGCGUCUCCCGUCAACAAUAGCACGGUGUAAACACUGUUGUAAAUCGACCUAAGUUACGUCGA